AUGCUAAGGUCAAGUCACUCCAAAGUCCCAUUCUACAUAUCCUUUGAAGAAGCUUGGAACAGCCAUGAUUUGGUUAACUUUUUCUUCUCCACCGGCGAAACAAAGGAAGAUAUCCAUCAACUCUUUAGACAAGGUCGCUUCUCCUUGUCUUCUAAAGCAGCAAAUCAACCACCAUACCCAGCUCCUACACCACGCCUUAAAUGGUACAGAAAUUCCAUCUCAAGAGAGAAGCUAGCCGAGUUCAACCAAUUCGUCCAAACGUUUCCGGCCAUCAUGACUUUCCAUGAAGCUUGGAGACACUAUCCAUUCACCCCCAUUCUUCCACAACUGCAAAGAGAUUCCAUAAGAGAUUAUACAGCUCUAUGA